GGCAGUUGAUGGCUGUUAAGUGAACAGCCAGUGAAGUGAAUGCCCCUCAAGAAACAACUGUAGACGUCGAUUUUCUAAUGGUGUUUUUGAAGAACUUUCUUUCGAUACGCUCCUACGUCGUGAACACCUUCGUUUGAAAGUACAGUGAAAGUUAGAAGAGAUCGUUAAAUGCCUUGCAAAUAGACGGCAAUGGCACAAGUUAAAGUGGCCAUAAUUGGUCAGAGUCCUUUCGCGGCUGAAGUCUAUAAGCUUCUAAAACAGAAUGGUCAUCAGAUCACAGGGGUCUUCACCAUUCCCGACAAAGGGAGCCGAGAAGAUGCCCUUGCUGUAACAGCGAAGUCCGAUAAUAUACCAGUCUUCAAAAUCAAGUCCUGGAGAAGCAAAGGUGUAACUUUGCCAGAAGUCCUCCAAUUAUAUAAAGGAAUCGAAGUCGAUUUAAAUGUGCUUCCAUUCUGCAGUCAAUUCAUCCCUAUGGAAGUCAUUAAUCAUCCUCGCCACCGUAGCAUAUGCUACCAUCCAUCUCUGUUACCAAGGCACAGGGGAGCUAGUGCUAUUAGUUGGACUCUGAUAGAAGGAGAUGACACUGCAGGAUUCUCUAUCUUCUGGGCUGAUGAUGGCCUUGAUACUGGACCAAUCUUGCUUCAACGAUCGUGCAAGGUGGAGCCUAAUGAUACUUUAGACUCUUUGUAUAAUAAUUUUAUGUAUCCUGAGGGUAUUAAGGCUAUGGCAGAAGCUGUGGACCUCGUAGCCAAAGGAAUUGCCCCUAUGAUUCCUCAGCCGAAUGAGGGAGCCACUUACGAUCCUAUGUUAAAUAAAAAAGAGCUUCAAAAGAUAGACUGGACUAAGUCUGCUAAAGAAGUACAUGACUUCAUUCGUGGCUUAGAUAGUACUCCGGGUGCCUGGACUAUUAUUAAUGGCGAAGAAGUUCGUCUAUUUGGAUCUACUUUGUGGGAUGGCAGUCAGAUUCCGGAACAUGAGAUCGAAGAAAAUGUGGAUGACAGAGUUGGCAUCGUCCACGCGGGCGGACUUUUAAUUAAAGCUGUUGAUAAUCACUUUGUUAAUGUGGAACGAAUGAAGAUUGGAAAUAGAACUAUCCUUGCCAACAAAUUCGGUCAGAAGAGUGAGGAAACUGUCAUUGAGUUUACCGAAGAAGAGCAGAAAACCGUGGAGACUUUGAAGCGUAUAUGGGAGGAUAUAUUAAAGAUGGAAGUUAACGGAGACACUGAUUUCUUUGCUUGUGGUGCAGGAAGUAUGGAUGUUGUAAGACUAGUAGAAGAGGUUAAGGAAAACUUGGAAGUAACCCUGCAAAACAUUGAUGUCUUCAUGGCUCCAGUGUUUCUCCAGUUUGCCACUACAGUAAUUCUAGCAGCUAGAGGUAUUUCUGCUUUCAAAGAAGUUAAAUACGAUGCCGUGGAAGUACAAGCAAACAACAUGACGUUGAAAUUUCCUAAACAACUAUUCAUUAAUGGAGAAUUUGUAAAUGGCCAUGGGAAGCCUAUAGACACGAUUAAUCCUCAUGACGAGAGUGUUAUCUGUUCGGUAGAAAGUGGUUCUGUAGAGGACGUGGACAAAGCAAUUAAAGCUGCCAAAAAGGCCUUCGAAGAGGGGGAAUGGUGCAAAAUUAGUGCUAGGGAACGUGGAGCGCUUCUUUUUAAAUUAGCAGACUUGAUGGAGCAUCAUAAGGAAGAAUUAGCCACCAUAGAAAGUUUAGACUCCGGUGCGGUGUAUACUUUGGCCCUGAAGACCCAUGUAGGAAUGUCCAUAGAAACCUGGAGAUAUUUCGCCGGAUGGUGCGACAAGAUCGAAGGUUCAACCAUACCGAUAACUCAUGCCAGGCCAAAUCGUAAUUUAACCUUCACGAGAAAAGAACCCAUUGGUGUCUGUGGCCUGGUUACUCCAUGGAAUUAUCCAUUGAUGAUGCUCUCCUGGAAGAUGGCAGCUUGUCUUGCAGCAGGGAAUACCGUAGUGAUGAAACCAGCUCAAGCUUCACCUUUGACAGCCUUAAAAUUCGCAGAACUGACUGUAAGAGCUGGUUUCCCACCCGGAGUCGUGAAUAUCGUACCAGGAAACGGCACUGUGACUGGAAAUGCGAUCUGCGAACACCCGCUAAUUAGGAAAUUAGGUUUUACUGGGUCUACACAGAUUGGACAAACGAUAAUGAGGUCUUGUGCGGACAGUAACUUAAAGAAGGUAUCCCUUGAGUUAGGUGGAAAGAGUCCUUUAGUUAUCUUUGAAGAUGCUGACCUGCAGCAAGCAGUCAAAGUCGGAUUAAACAGUGUGUUCUUCAACAAGGGGGAAAAUUGCAUAGCCGCAGGUCGAAUAUUUGUGGAAGAAACAAUUUACGAUGAAUUUAUAACGAGAACAAUAGAGGAAAGUAAAAAAAUCUCUAUAGGAAAUCCGCUAGACAGAAGCACAGCUCAUGGACCACAGAAUCACGAAGCUCAUUUAAACAAACUUUUAGAGUUUGUAAAACGUGGAGUUGAAGAGGGAGCUAAGUUAAUUUAUGGUGGAAAGAAAUUAAAUCGUCCAGGCUGGUACUUCGAGCCAACAAUUUUCAUAGAUGUUAAGGAUGACAUGUACAUAGCUAAAGAAGAAUCUUUUGGUCCUAUCAUGGUUAUUUCUAAGUUUAGCUCCACGAACAUAGACGACAUGAUCGCCAGGGCGAAUAAUACAGAGUAUGGAUUGGCUUCGGGAGUUUUGACAAAAGACAUAAGCAAAGCUCUAAGAUUUGCGGAGAAAAUAGAAGCUGGAACAGUCUUCGUUAAUACUUAUAACAAGACAGACGUGGCCGCACCAUUUGGUGGUUUCAAAAUGUCUGGCUUUGGUAAAGACCUUGGUCAAGAGGCUUUGAACGAGUACCUGAAAACGAAGACCAUAACUAUAGAAUAUUGAAAGACGACAUGACCCCUCUUCAUUGUAUUUUAUCUUUCACA